CGUAUAAGUUAAAAAAAACUUAUCAAUAAUUUUAACCAAUCUAUAUGUGAAGUAAAAGGUAUAUUAAAUUUCAAAAGAGUGCAUAUAAAUAUAUAGAUGCAAAAUGUGUUUUGGGAGGUAGCUAGCUAGAAACUUGAACAUAGUACAUGGGAAAGUCCUUCAAAUCAUGUUCAUUAGCCAGCUGCUGCUGCUGGCUUAUUAUCCUCCCUAACACCCUACUUCUCCCGCCGCCUCCGGCUGCGGUGGCUCAGCCGCUGCGCACGAACUCGCGGUGGAUCGUGGACGAGUCGUCGGGGCGGAGGGUGAAGCUGGGGUGCGUGAACUGGUCGAGCCACCUGGAGGCGGCGGUGGCGGAGGGGCUGAGCAAGCAGCCGGUGGAUGCCAUCUCCAACUCCGUCGCGGAAAUGGGGUUCAACUGCGUGAGGCUGACGUGGCCGCUCUUCCUGUUCACCAAUGAGUCCCUGGGCUCCAUGACUGUGAGGGAGUCCUUGAGGAGUCUUGGGUUGGUGGAGGCCAUUGCAGGGCUUCAAGCUAACAACCCCGCCAUUGUUGAUCUCCCUCUCACCAAUGCUUUCCAGGCAGUGGUGGAGAGCCUAGGAAAGUACAAUGUGAUGGUAAUAGUGGACAAUCACCUAAGCAAGCCUGGUUGGUGUUGCAGUAAUAACGAUGGCAAUGGCUUCUUUGGUGACAUUUACUUUGACCCUAAAGUAUGGGUCACUGGCCUAACCAACGUGGCCACCCUCUUCAAUGCCACCCCCAAUGUGGUUGGAAUGAGCCUAAGGAAUGAGCUUAGAGGGCCCAGACAGAAUGUUAAUGAUUGGUUCAAGUACAUGCAGCAGGGAGCCGAAGCGGUGCACGCGGCGAACCCUGACGUUCUGGUCAUCCUCUCCGGCCUAAACUUCGACAAGGAUCUCUCCUUCCUCAAGCAACGUCCCGUGAAACUGACCUUCUCCGGGAAGCUGGUUUUCGAGGUGCACAGGUACAGUUUCACGGACGGGGCGGAAUGGGCGUCGGGCAACCCGAACCGGGCGUGCGGGAGGAUAACCAACGACGUGAUGGGGAGGGGAGGGUUUGUGUUGGACAAAGGGUACCCGUUGUUUGUGAGCGAGUUUGGGAUCGACCAAAGGGGCGAGAAUGUGAAUGACAACCGAUACUUCAACUGCUUCUUGGGCCUUGCGGCGGAGCUGGACGUUGAUUGGGCGGUUUGGACGCUCGCCGGAAGUUAUUAUCUCAGGGAGGGGACGGUGGGGCUUGAAGAGUUCUAUGGGGUUCUUUCAUGGAAUUGGUGUCAACCUAGGAACUCAAGCUUUCUCCAAAGGAUCUCAGCCAUUCAAUCACCCUUUCAAGGACCCGGUUUUGAAGAGUCAUGUCCGCAUAAGCUAAUCUUCCAUCCAAUGACGGGGCUAUGCGUACGAAGAUCGUCAUCCCUGCAGACACUAGAGUUAGGUCCAUGCUCUGAGGCAGACGCAUGGACCUACCCUCCAUCCAAAACAAUAACACUUCAAGACGAAACCCAAUCUUGUCUCGAGGCUGAUAAUGAAAGCCCUGGAACCCCAGUGAAGCUCGGGACGACCUGCAAUGGCAAUAACUCGAAAUGGGUACUCAUCUCCGACUCGAAGAUGCAUCUUUCGACUAAACUUCAAGACGGGAGCAGUGUUUGCCUGGACGUUGAUGGUUCUGACGACAACAACGUUGUCCUCGUCACCAAUGCAUGCAAAUGUUUGAGUAAUAGUGAUGGUCCUAAUUGUGACCCUGCAAGCCAGUGGUUCAAGAUGAUCAAUAGCACUAGAGAGAGGAUAAAUACUACAAGUACCAAAGAUCAUGAUGAUGUGCUCCUUCACUACAAACCCCCCUCACUUUUGUAUUUUCUGGCAAAAAGAUUGUUUGGAAACUUUAUGUGGUGGUAAUAGUAAUACAUACUACUCCCUCUGUCCCAAAUUAUUUACUAUUCACAGGGUCAAACUUCAUUCACUUUCUUUCUCUAUUUUCGUUAGCAAUUUGAUAAAAUAAAGUACUAUUGUCACUACUAGUUUUGUAGAUCUUUUGAUGUAGUAUUUUAAAAUGUAAUUUUUAUUUUUUAAUUAUAUACCAUUUGCCAUAUGAAAUGAUUUGAAAAUAAUUUCAGUCAAACAUCGUAAACCGAAACAGACAUUAUAAAAUGGGACGGAGGGAGUAAAAUUCUAAAAAUACAGUAAAAGGGUUAAUAUGGG